UUGCUGAAGGAUUUCUCCAUCUUGUCUGAUGCCACUGAAUGAUAGCUUGAGGACUGGAAGGGAAACUCUAUAAAAUCUCUCUGUUUUACAGUCAUCAAGUGCAUAUAAAGAGAGGGUCCAUGCCCAGGGUUGCCAGGCAGUGGGAAGCCCAUGAGCUCUGAGUCUAUUCCUGAAAGUGUUCUCCUUCCACAUCCAAAGACCAUGGUGUCCGUGGUGGCCUUCUCCAUCCUCCUCAUUUUGGUACCUGGCCUCAGCUUGGAAGCCAAGAAGCAUGGGAGACAUGACAGCCCAGAAACCUGCUGUUUCCAGUAUGCCUCUCACAAGAUUCGCAAUGUAGUUGCUUGUUAUGAGACCAGUAGCCGGUGUGCCAACCCAGGAGUUGUUGUCAUCACCAACAAAGGACGCCAGGUCUGUGUCCACCCAAGGAAUGCUGGAGACUGUGUCAUUUCCCCACAGCCAGAGGCAAUCCUCAAGACGACUGGGGAAUACGAUCCUCAGACAACACUUCCCUUUGCAGAUAGUGUCCCUUACGAAGUAUGAUUUCUAAAAAAUAAACAUGUUCCCUUACCUAGGGGAAGACUACAUAUGAUUUCUAAAAAAUAAACUUAUGUUUCCUUACCUAGCGGAAGACUACAUAUGAUUCCUAAAAAAUAAACUUAUGUUUGACUUAA